CAAAUUGCGUACAAAUGCUCUACCCUGCUGGGGGUCUUAUGAAGUCUAACUGUGGCAGUAAUGUUCUCAAGUAGAAUUCAAAAUACACCACACUUUCACAUUGAGUUAGAUCUUUUUCUCAAACAACCGCCUCCAUAUGUUUAACACUCUUCCCACAUUCCCUCAAGAGAUACUUCAACUGUAAUACUUCGAUUUCAAAUUUCUCACCCUACCCAGGUAAGAUCAAUUUUCUCGUUCUAGACAUCCUCGGAAGGGCCUUUUUGCGUGCUCUUGGGGCACCAAAACCAGUUUAGAGCCCAGGUUAGUGUGCCGUGCUGAGGCAGGCAGAUGUUGAGUUAUGGACAGACACAACAAUUAAGUUACAGACAUUUGAUGUUCCGGUCCGUUCCUGGUCGGAAGACAUCACCCAGUAAAUAAUGCCCAUGGGAUUGGCCAAGGAAAAUUAGGGUUUUACGAGAGUCGAACUGCAGGAGGUCUUUAACCAGGAAAAGUGCGGACACAUCUACUUUUUGCAGUGAAUGUACUGCACGCAAUUUUUAAGUUACAAUAUACUAUAGAUAAAUCUAUUUUGUUUCUAAAGUUCCUCUGAUACUCCGAGUAGCGCAGGACAUACAGAGAACGCAGAGAUCAGACCAUUGCAUCAUGGAAAAUUCUCAAUGACUGUCACCGUAAAAAGUGGUCGCGGUCGUUUACUGGAUGUGGAUGUGUUCGUUUACAGGAGGUUCCAACUAUAAGCAUUUUGACUGGAUAUUUGGUGUUUUGGAUAAGUGAUCGCUUAUCGGGAAGUGGUCACUUAAGUUGGGUGGUCACAAGUAGAGGUUCGACUGUGCGUCAUUAAACGAAAAUUUGUUAAAAUGUAAGAGAAAUCCUAAAAUUGUAAUAUAGUGGAGGCUCUUGUAAGAGGACGCCCUCGGGACGAGAAAAAGGUGUCCUUUACUGGAUCUGGCCGCUUACAAGAAUGAAUCUCACACGCAGCGUAGUUAUUAAAGUGGAAUUCAGCCACUUUAAAAAAGGUGUAAAGGUUAGAUGGCCGCUUACGGAAGCUUCUCCCAGCUAAAAAUUAACACUGGAAAUUCAAAAAACUGUUUUUUAGUGUAUCGUUAUGCUGUUGUUCUGGUCUUGUUGUAAUUUAGGUAAAAGCAUACAAUUCAGUUUGUAUUUUCAAGUGUAACCGGAUGUGUAUGUGAAAAAACGGUAACUCUGAAACGGAUAUAUAAGAAUGAUUCAUAACAGUGACAAACAGCGAUAUAACUGUGGACGUGAUAUGAAAAAAAGAAAAAAACAACAACAACAACAACAUCCAGAGGAGGAUAUGAUUUUCUUUCGGGUGUCUGCUUACGAGAGCUUUAAAUCAAAGCUAACAUCUAAUUCGCCGGUAAACCCUUUGAGUGUCAGCGGCCGCCUACGGAAUGUAAAAAUGCAGAGUUUUUGUGGGAGUUGAAACGGGGUUUUGUGAUGGCGGUCGUAAGUAGAGCUAUCCGCUAUAUACGAGUUUGUCCGUUAAGAUAACUUCUACUCUAUGAAUCCGCAAAUGACAGGUUAAAUGAGAAGUGAAUAUAGUGUAUUAUUCUGUGUUCAAGAAACUUUUCUUUUACAUCUUCCUUGAAUAGCUAGAGAGGUCUAGCCGACUUUUUUUGCAAUGUAUUAGUGUCCCCUUUUGGGCCUUUUGUAUUCCUCAUAAGUUUUCCCUCAACACUUUUAAACGGUUAUUAUUAUAUUUUUGUAGUACUAAUAUACCCAGAUACAGAUACCAUCCUGUAUAGUUGUAAAGACUACGAGGAUUAAAAUAUAAGUAAGUAAGUAAGUAAGUAUACCCAGUGUCAAGUCAUUAAUUGUCUAAAAUUGUAUGGCAUGGUCUGACUACAAAAAGGGCUAUUACGGACGAUUAUUAUCAUGGUAAUUAAUGUCAACAUCGAAUAAACUCAAAAUGUCAAGUAACACGACUUUCACAACCUAUUUUAAACACACCAGUUAUAACAGGAUAGUGGCGCGUGCAAACGAUAGAUAGUGUAUUCCGCAUUCCGGAGUCCGGUAGUCCGACGUCACAGAUUCCCCGUGUGAAAUACCUCCAUGGAAAUCCAUGGAAAUCCAUGGAAAUCUAUGGAAAUCCAUGGAAUUCCAUGGAAAUCGAUGAAAAUCCAUGGAAUUCCACGGCACUUCCAUGGAGUAUCCAUGGAGUAUCCAUGGAGUUCCAUGGAAUGUCAUGGAGUUCCGUGGAGUAUCCAUGAGUUCCAUGGAAUGCCAUGGAGUUUCAUGGAGUAUCCAUGGAGUUCCAUGGCAUGCCAAGGAGUUCCAUGGAGUAUCCAUGGAGUUCCAUGGCAUGCCAUGGAGUUCCAUGGAGUAUCCAUGGAGUUCCAUGGAAUGCCAUGGAGUUCCACGGAGUUCCAUGAAGUAGUGAUGGAGUUCCAUGGAAUGCCAUGAAAUUCCAUGGAGUUUCCGUGGAGGUACAUGGAAUUCCAGGGAAUAUUGUAUAGUUCCAUGGAAUGCCAUGGGGUUCCCUGAAGUACCGAUGCAGUUCCAUUGAAUGCCAUAGCGUGUCUAUAGAGUUCGAUAGAAAACCAUGCAGUUUGUAUGAGAAAAUCCAUAGAAAUUCAGUAAUCAAGCAACUCAUCGACUCGUUAACCACAUGUUCAAGUCUGCAAUUUUUAUUGGAUAGAAAAAUAGGAAAUAUUUGAAAGCUUUCUAAAAGCAAAAUAGUGCGUUUAGUUUAAAUUACACAGACAAUGCAAAAGUAUUGUUCACCGACAGGCGACGCUGAAAGUCCCAGUGUAAGAAAUUUUAUUGCUAACUAUAAAGAGGAAUGUUUUGAGUGCUUAAUAAAAAAAUGAUCCUGUUAAAAAAAAUAAAUAUAGAAAAUUGUCUUUUAGUAGGGCUAUCUGCCAUUUACCUUUUAAAAUCAGUGUUGCAUUUAAUAUAUGAGAAGAUCACUGUUAUUAACAACAUGCAGUUGCUUCAUUACAUUGACACAGUGCCGCUAUUUGUACAGGACCCGUACACCGACGUGUAAUUUUGCCAUGACAUACGGGAUCAAGUCUCUACUUGAAAUUUGUAUGAAAUUUCUAAGUCUCUUGAAAUAUUUUCUGAUCAACAAAUUUCCAUGAAAGUGUAAGUCUCUUCAACCACAGUGUUCCAUUUUUAAUAAAAAUUCGAUGUGGCAAGAUUGUGAACCGAUCCAGGGGCGUAGAAUCCACAGUUCGUAGCCUAACCACUCUACCACGGAGUAGUAACUCGCUGCUAGGUGGAGUUUGAUUUUACUCAUAUAACAACAACCGUGCCUUAAUAGCCCUAAUCAGUUUAGUCGGAAUCCCGUAUGAAUAGCAAAUACAAGACGAUGUACGCCGGUCCCGUCCUUAAACAGCCGGUAGAAAAUGAUCCCACUAGGCACAUAACUCUUCUCAGUAUCGAAGUGUUUUUGGUUGAGAGCUAAGAUUUUCCCUGUUACUAUAAGUAUUUCGGCGAACCUACACAAGCAAUAUGAGAGUUUUUUUGCCGCAUCCGUGGAUAGGCUAGUCUGCUACACAGCCGUUUUUAGUGGGGAGGAGCGUUGCGUGACGACACUAAGAACGGCUGUGCAUCAGACUAUGAAUAGGCCUGCUGCCUUUUUUCAAAGGUUCCCUCACCUGGGAGAACAAUGCAAUAUUUUCCUCUCACUGCUUUUAUACUCUUUUACAGUGUCGGAAUAGUACAAUUAACUCUCAAAGGGACCACAAUUUAAAGCCUUUAAAGACAGACAUCUUAACGAUCGUGCCGUGAUUUGACGCCAUGUUUGGUGCCUGAACUGGCAUCCAGGCCUCCCCGCUUAGUGACUUACGCGAUCAUGUGGGGCUUUUGAACCAACAGAAAUGCGUAGAAGAUCAGUUUUCUUGGUUCGAAUCUUUAGGCGGACUUCUCUGCAGCACGACAGUGUUGUGUAAAUGGAUUGUCUUUGCAAUGAAUGCUUCCGAAAAAUAUGUUAUUUUCAGCGCAAAAUAUCACUUGUGAGGUUGUUUACAUUUGGCUUGUUUCAAAUCGACUUCGAUUGCACAAUGACUCAGCUGGAUCGCACAUUUAAGGAGGAAGGUAAGCUAAUAUGUACACAACUCGUGUUCGGUUGCUCAACUGAUUGUCUCUGCUAGAUUUAGAAGGGUGACGUUUCGGGUGCGGUUUAUCGGUUUUAAUAUGUAGUUUUCAUCAUUUUUGUUUAUACAGAUAUGAAUGUGGUCUUUCCUGCAAAUUGCCUUUGGAAUCCUUCGGAAUAGUUACUAAUUCUGGCAGAAUUAGAAAUCGAAGACUGUACUUCGAUGGACUGCUUCGAUGUAUAAGAAGAAAUAUCAUAUUUAGAGUUUUCAUGCCUGCUACGUAAAAACUGUACAAGAGACUGAUAAAUUAUACUUGUGGCUGACGCCGUUUUUUCCCAAGGAUUAGGUAGGACUUUGCUAUAGCUAAAUACCAUGGUUCUGAUCGAGGAAAUGAGUAGCACUUCCUUUCUUCGUCUCAUUAAAUAAAACCAUGUUUAAGUCUUACAUACUGACGGCUUAUGCAUUCAAGUAUUAGCUUAUUUUUUUCUCUCAGUUAUGCAUCUGUUCGCCUGUUACUUUUGUUAAACACCAGGCCAAGGUUCCUUGCUUUAUAUUAAAUCUAAAUUUUUCAUUUAAGCUACUUCAAUAUGAUUGCUGCUUUCUAAACUGCAAUGUAUAUAGUCACAAGUAAACAUUAAUUUGUUUUUGCUUUAAAAAGAGAUUUAUGCGGUCCUUUUAUUGAUUAAAUAAAUUGCAGUGGACCAAAAUCUGUUAUGUAUUCCAUUUAAUUCACUGGAUAUUUUAAAUGUGUAAUUCCUUUGAAUUCCAUGAAACUCCCUGGAGAUCCAUGGAAUAAUUGAUAGAGUAGUUUCUAUGGAAUUGCAUGGAACUUUUCCAUGGAAAAUGUCGAUGCAGAAAUUUCCAUGGAAUUCCAUGGAAAUUGGUGUCCUAAUGUUAUCCCUGGAAUUCCAUGGGAAAUGUCCUAAUCCUCCAUGCAAAUAUUUUCCAUGGAAAUCUAUGGAAAAAUUUCCAUGGAAUUCCAUGGAAAUUGAUGUCCUAAUCCUCCAUGGAGUUCCAUGGAGAAUUUUCCAUGGAAAUCCAUGGAAUUCCAUGGAGGUUUUUCACACGGGUCCAUCGUUUAGGCGGAGUCUAAAGUCAAAGAUGGAGUGUGUUCGAGCAGGUGGCUGUUUUCCGUAGAUACAGACGGAUUGUCACUGAUCCUUCUUGUCCUUCAGGAAUCAUUUUUUUCCCUCUGACUACAACUUAUUUCAAAGACUUCGAAUGUUCGGUGAAAAGCCGACACUUUUAAUUUUGCAAUGUUUCAAGUUAUUUCAUUACCUCGUCACGAAGUAACGCCACAGAGGACCAGACGAAACUGGAACAGCAAAUCUGGACUAAAGCAUCUGAGAGACGUGUAUGUAACAUUUAUUCACCAACUUUUAUCCUUGUUGGGUGUUGUUGCACCUACAAGUUAGACUGAUCGAAGUUUUGAACUAAAUCUUUUGUUCCUUGUGUUUACUCAAGCGUUCGAUAAAAUAUCCAUCAAAACGUCCAUAAAUAACACAGAAAACAUGCCUCAGGUGACACUUUCUAACAAUUUCGCUAUUAGUAUCGAUAAUAAGGCAUCUUACCUGUGACUUCUCGCCAACUUUGUGCUAUUUUUGUUUAAAAAAACGAAUGUUACGUUUCUUCCAGUUUUGGUCAAAUGACGAAUAAGCGUCAAGUCAGAUGUACAUAAUAUGUCAUUAUUGAUAAAGUAUGAGAUUGCCCAAAUAUUUUAUGAUUGAUUUGAUAACUUUAAAGAUGUCUUUCAAAGAAUAUGUGAGAAUUAAGUACAUAGGUUGUUGCUCAUGGGAGAUGCUAGCCACUAAAAUACCUUAAAAUUAGGGUUUGGUCAAAACAGUGAGAAGAUGCCCUUACUUUAGGCUAAAUAAUAGGAAGAGAUCGAAUUAGAGACUACAAAUAAAUUACUGAGCAUUAAGUCGAAUAAACAUAGAAGAUGAUAAAGUUGAUUAGAUUUGAAGUUGCCUUUUCUACUUGUUGAACAGCCAAACCAAAGUUAGCUAAUUAAUUAUGCAAAAAUGAGUAGAUUUUGUCAUUUUUAGGGGGGUCCUUGUAAAUCCCAGGGGAUUCAACAUUGAGACCUUAUUUUUUGUUGAGCUUAAUAUCUCACCACACCCAUCAAUUGUGCCAAGUUUGAGCGAAAUCCGUGAUUUGAGCAUUAUCACCCCCUGCCUGGUUCUCUUAUGGACACACUCUUACUAGUAAAGUUGUCAAUUUCUCCAGUAACGCUAACUCAAAAGCUAACGGCCGCCAAUACAGAAAAGAAAACAAACUCCAAGCCUUUUUUCCAAGGUCCUUGUUUUCACAAAAAUACAUCUCAGAAAACUUUUCGAGAGGUCAAAGUUUCCAUUCAGCUUCUUUUUUGAUCGAUUUUUUGUCUAAGAAAGCUACUUUCUUUCGCUCUAUUUUUUCGAUAAGCUGACAUCGCGAGCGGUAGGCUCGGUGAGUUUGCUGUGCACGAAAUUAUGAUAACCGAUACAAUAAAAGAAAAGUUAAUCCACAUUUUUCAGUUCAAAUUACUUUUGAAUUUUAACUUGGAGAGAGAGACAUCUUAAUCCUUCCCAAAUGUAGCGACAAUGAAUUAGUGCGGAAAAAUUCGCUAUUGCAGUUUUUUUUUUUGCUUAAAUCGUCGACAAUUUCAACGCAUUGUUGAUAAACACUGGCGUGAAUUACACUUGCCGUGAGAAAUUUUAUUAUUAAUGUUAUGACCACAUUCCUGGACAAAAUAAUGGUUUUCAAGUUUAGUUUAACAUGGGUCUGCAACUCCUCGUAGUGACACAGGGGUAAAAUAAUAUGAAAAAUACUUGACAAAUCCAACCGACCUAGCAGAAAGAGUCGAGAAGUACAACGGUAAACAUCAUGUUUAAAUUUUUAGUUGAUAUAAGCGUGAAACCAAUUGAUAAGAAUAACUUAGACAGCUAUACCGCCUAUCUUGUUUAUAAAUCCAUGAAUCUGCUCCGUUUGGCUCUAUUUGAAACAGACUGGCUUAUUAUGAUGUUCCAAUGUCAUAUUAUGUUCACAAGAGCAUUGUGGGUUGCCACUUCUCGCUUCUUACUAAUUGUUCUUCCAGUCAAAGGUGUUUGUAAAUUUACGUAUGCUUCAAAGAAAAGACUAGCAACUCCUGUUAGUAACUUAGUAACGAUUGAAUAAGAAAAUUAAACAUACGAGUCGGUCCAAAUACAUGACAAAUAAAGCAAGAAGCGAAUGGAGUAAAGCACAUGGUUGAGCCGGCAUUGCAAUGAUCAGCUGUGUUGUUGAUCCGCACGAAAGAGAGGCAAAAUGUCCUACAUGAACUAACAUCUUGUGAGAUUUUAUCUGAGUGAGUGGUCUGCUGAAUAGGAUUCCAACAGGAUUUUACUCUAUGUUGCCGUUCUUUUAACCAACUGAUAUGUAAAGUCAUUAACACUGAAGAAAGUCAAAUUCAAUGGGCGUAGGUUUUCCCCUGAAGUGAUUGUAGGAGGGGUAUAAAUAUGGACUUACUCGUAAAAAAAUAUUGCUAAAAAAAACGGAAUAUGGACAACGGUACUGAAAUACUGAAAACGUUUCCCAUGGGUGUUCACGAUCUUCAUCAGUUACAAAAUAGCUCGUAUGGAAAACUCUUUAAUAAAUACAAGGAACAAAAUUUAUUUAACAAUGACCAUUGAACGGUUGUCCAACGAAUUGAAACGCAAGAGAGCCGUAGCUCUUUUGAAAGACUAUCGCACCGCGUAACAAGGAUGUACCUUAAACCUAAUUUCUUUCUCCCCUCAGAUAUAGACGAAUGCACUACCAAAACCGACAACUGUGACGUGAAUGCUGCGUGCACUAAUACAGUUGGUUCCCACGUGUGUGCAUGCAAGUUUGGUUCCUCCGGUGAUGGAAUCACGUGCUAUGGUAAUUAUUAGACAUAUAAAAUUAAAAGUUAGGGAAGACAUGUUUAUUGUAAUUUCUUUUUAUGUUAGUUGUAUGUACAUGAAGACUGGCGUUUUGUGUGGCUUAUACGUACUCCAUGAUAUAUAUCUUUUAUUUUCUUUUAUAUAUUUCAAUUGCAACAAUUCUGUAAUUUCAAUAAUAAUCAGAUUCUACCAAACAUGACUAAGUCUACUCAAGAGCCCAUGCCCAUGAUUUCGCGUUUUCGCAGAGAUAUAUAUUUUCAGACUGCCUUUCUAGUCAACAAAGCCUGGAGACCAGCUAAUAGUAUUUUUGAUGUUUUGAUGAUGGUUACUUAUUUUUAGAGCGUUUUCUUUUACGUGGCCAGCAUCUAUGCAAAAUUAUUCAACAAAAGACAGCAUUAUAUAAGAAAAGAGUUCAACUCCUACAUGACUGGUUUGAAACGGCCAACAAGGCGGCCGUUCCAUUGUUUUAGAACAUCAAUAUGGCCGCCAUGACAUCACGUGAAAAUGUUCAAUCCUCCUAUUUCUUAUACUUACCGGAUGUGCACACACACGAAGCGAUGCUUCCAUUUUCGCUUGAAAAAGUACUCCACAGAUAUGCUAAAAAUAAACUGAUCUAUUGCUUAGGCCAAGGAUGCGAGUUGCACUCUUUGGACUUCGGAAUAUGGGCAUAAAGUUGUCCUCCUGUUUCUGAAAUAAUUUUAGGUCGAUUAUCUUGAUUGAUUGAUUGACUGAUUGAUUGAUUAAUUGAUUAUAUCCAUUUUGAAAUCACUGGCGAUCCUUGCAAUCUGAUUGGUUCUCAGCAGCGUGAUUUAUUCACGAAUCACUCUGUCUUUUUGCUUUAAAUCCCGUCGUUUAUGUUCUCCUAAAUUGCGUCAUUUCUGUUUUUAAUCGCACCAUUUUUGCUUUAUAUUGCAUCAUUUCUCUUCCGGGUACAAAAAGAGAGGUAAAAGCCUUUUCGUCCCGCUUUCAACAAACCGGCUACUCGAACUCGCGCCGCGCGCUUGUCCGAUUUUAAAAUCACUCGCGUAUGCUAUCAGACCAAAUUACACGAAUUACGAAGUUCAAUAACCAUUCUUUAUUUUGCCUCGGUGAUAUCCGUAUAUUCAAUAAAUGAAAAUCUCUUCCAAUAGAUUUUGGACAACUGUGAACGUAAACUUCUUCCAUUGUAAAUGCUGAUCAACAAAAUCGUCAAUCCGGCCCAAUUGUUUUCACUUGCCUUUGCCCAUCCUGACAUAACCUUGGAACCUAUAAGAAUCGUUCUGCUAUAUCCCUUACCCUGCUUACACACCAAUCAAUAGCUCUCAUAUUUAAUACCCUCCCCAAAGAAAUAUCCAUUACAAUUCAGUUAUUUAAUUUAUUUCUGAUGCUGCCUUUUUAAGACAAUUGGAACAACUGGAAUUGUCGAAGUCUCCAUGUCGCGGAAUAUUCCUGAUUCAAUUUCAGUAUCUCUUGACAUAUUAUACCUUUUCGAAUUCUUUGACUUAAGUGUUCAUCUUGUAAGACAAUAUCGAUAUCAUUAAGGAGGCAUUGAUUUUCUUUGUGAAGGAGAUGUUACGUGGGACUAUAGUCGCAACGACGACGUUUAGCGCAACACUGGUUGCAGCAUUGUUGCUACAUUGUUUCUGAUUGUUGCAACAUUGUCCCCAUAAAAAUUGUCGUUGCAAAUCGUCUCGAGUAACAUCGCCUUAAAGAGUCCUUGAUCACAAUCAGUCUGGUCUGUUAUGAGGGAUUAUCUCAGCGAGAAGAAACUGUAACCUCCACAGCCUUGAUUUCAUGCAUAUGCUAACUCCUCGCAAACAGCCACCGGCCAUUAAGUUUCGUCUGCCAUAAUGAAGCCCUCACUUCAGUUCUCAUUAUCACCCUGAGGUGAUUAUCAACUGAUGGAUUUUGGUAUUACUUUUUAAUUAUUUUAAAUACAAUUUAGACCGCAAAUAUUAGUAUAGGUAGCCAUACGACUUCGAGUUCAAUUUGGAAUUUAUUUGCAUGCAUGUGUUUUUCAUAAAGUAUCAAAACUAAGUGCAUGAGCCCGUCGGACAAAUGCAAUUUAAACGUUUUGAAAAACACUCGAAUGCAAAUAAAUUCCAAAUUGAAUGAGAAAAGUUGUAUGAUCACUUUUUAAUAAUAAACAUAAAGAAAUUAUACUUGCCUGGCUUUGUUUGAAAGAUUUGGAAACCAGUAGAUUGCAGCACUUGAUUGGUUCUUAUAUAUUUCCAUUGUCUAUUAGCUAAUCACAGUUUUCCAUUUUCUAAGAAAUUUGCAUUAUAUUUCCUUCUUUUUGCAUUAUUUCCCCUCCUUUUUGCACUGUGUUUUCAGUUUACUAAACACUGUACUGCUCUCAGCCAGUCAGAUUCAAGAAAUGUUUUCAUGUAUAUUAUCAAGAGAGGAUAAAGGGGACAGAGAAGGCAUCCCCAUACACACCCUAUUCCAUAGGUAAUUCUUCGCGAGUUAUGUUUAAAAUCGGGAUAAAGUUACCUCGCGCGCUACGAGGAUCUUUCGUGGAGGUUUCGCAUGACUAAACGCCGUGCAAAUCACGUCGGGCGAAAGGCAAUGAAAGCGUAAAGAGAUCGAGAGCAUUUCUGAAUAUUGAAGCAAAAUGAGUUGGCGCUCACCUGGGGAAAGGGUAUCGCUAGACUCUUUAACAACCCGUGAAAUUAGUUUAACUCGAAGUUGUCGUAACCUCAGUGCUUUAAUAAAAUGAGAAAUUUUGCCGGUCUAUUGAAACCAGUCGUUUGUACAAUAAAGCAAGUAGGACGCCAAGUGUUAUUUUUGUUGAAUAAUAAAAGACUAAUAAAAGAAUAAAUGUCAAACCAGAAAUUGCUCUCUUCAAACUGUAAAUUAUAAAUGAUCCUGAGAGAAUAUUCAGCGUGUUAAGGAUUACCCUGCUGUACUGUUAGUUCUAUACAAGAGAGGAAGGGCGAUUCUUUUUUAAUUUCCAUUUCGUUGACACCGCUUUAGCAGAAAUCUCUCUUUAGUCAUUUUCGUCGACAAAACGAAUAGCAAUAUCGCUCUCCGAGUCUUCCUCAAUUCGUGAAGGACGCGUGGCUCUGAGCGUGGGUCAUCCACGCGGAACACAUUCGCGCUAUGUGAUUGGCUGUUGUCUAAUCCCCCUUGGGAACUGUGUGUCUUAAAAAUAACUCGAGACAAAUUACCUAUGGAAUAGGGUGUGUACGGGGGAUGCCUUCUCUGUUCCCUUUAUCCUCUCUUGCCGCAGGUCAUGAUCACAUCCUCUCAGUUCUACUUCCAAGAAGUUAUAAUUAUAUAAAAGGGAAGUUAAGCAUUAGCAUUGCUUUUUGCAUUCUUCUCCUUGAGUCUCGUUUUGACAUCUCAGCGUCGUUUAUUAAGUAUUAGCCGUCUUUUAAAUACUAUAGGAACAUAUAUUGUAUCUCAACAAAACGAGGAAAAUUGCCAUAUUAUUAAAUACGAUAAAUUGUCAUUAUCAGCUCCUUGGUCGUUUACAACGAAUGGACAGGGGCGUUUCGGCAGCAUUCAGACUUUCACAGUGCCAAAAACCACUCGCUAUCGAAUCAGAGCCUGGGGAGCUCGAGGAGGAACGCACUCCAUAAACUAUGGAAGUCCCAAAACUUACUACGGUGGAAAAGGUGCAUACAAAGAGGGCACGUUUACCUUGAAUAAAGGAACUGUACUGAACAUUGUGGCGGGACAAAGAGGGGGAGAUUCAGUGGAGGUGAAUGGAGGACGGUCCACUACCUUGACAGCUGCUCAGCUGGGACUGUCUGUAGAGGACAAUGCUGGUACCGGGGGAGGCGGAGGGAGCUUUGUUUAUACAACAAGUAACGUGCUUUUGUUAGCUGCCGGAGGGGGAGGGGGUGCAUCUAACGGGUAUAACGGGGUGGAUGGUCAGGCGGGUACUAGCGGUAGUAGUAGCGUUGGAAGCGUUUCAAGUUAUGUUCGUAGUGGAGGAACUGGAGGGAGUCCUGGUCAGUGUAACAGUGCAGGUGCUAGUUACCAUGGGGGAGUGGGUGCGGGAUGGUUAGGCCAAGGUUGUUCCAGGGCCGGGGCCUCACACGGUGAAAGAGGCGGCUCACGUGCUCAGGGCUGGGUAGGUGGACGUGCUGGACAAAUGAAUAGUGGCUACAACGGAGGGCCUUCCCCUGGGGCCGUCGGAGGGUUUGGCGGUGGCGGAGGGGGAUCUGAAGAUAUGGGUGCCUCAGGAGGAGGUGGGGGGUACUCUGGGGGAGGUAGCGGAACACACUCAAACCAAGCAGGCGGGGGAGGGGGCUCUUACUGUAGUGGUUCGAAUUGUUCAGGCGUGAGUGGAGGUAACUCAAAUGACAACGGAUUUGUAAAAAUCGAGUAA